GCGCGCACGUGUGUUUUGGUUCCGCUGACAGAUGGCAUCCUGCUAUUUUUGGGGCAGAAUAGGUUCUGAAAUCACAAUAAAACCCAUCUCUGCUUUUCCUCUGUCAGAGAACAAGUUCCAUUUAUUCCAACCGCGUUCCGUUUAACAGGACAGGGUUGAAGCUGAGAGUAUUAGACUGAAGGUUUACAGCGGAACAUGUUCAGCUAGUGGCGGGCUUGACGGCUGUGUGGGAUGCACCGUGUCCGUCCUUCUCCGUGAUUACAGAUGGAAGAAUCAGAGAACCUGUCCGGUCAGGCUGCCGGUGUUGAGCAGAAUGCUACACCGACCCCCGUGAACGUGGACGCCGCAGUGCUGCUGCUGGGAGCCGGGGUAACAGUCAGCACACACCCGCUGCUGUACGUCAAGCUGCUAAUACAGGUGGGACAUGAACCACUUCCACCAACUGUGGGCAGAACUAUGUUUGGAAGAAGAGUUUUUUAUCUGCCUGGCUUCUUCUCCUAUGCACAGCACAUUGUGAAAGUGGACGGAAUAAUGGGACUCUUCCGUGGUCUCUCGCCUCGUAUCAUGUCCAGUGCCAUCUCCACUGUGGUCAGGAGCAAAGUUAGGCAGACAGAGUUUCUGUCCAAGGGAGAUGAACCACAGACUUCACUCCAGAAAGUUGUCAAAGAGACGUCGCAUGAGAUGAUCAUCCAGGGCCUGUCCAGAAUAGCCACCCAUCCUUUUCAUGUUAUGUCAGUGCGCUGUAUGGCCCAGUUUGUUGGCAGAGAGGUCAAGUAUGGUGGUUUGUUCAGCUGUAUUGCCAAGAUUUUUAAGGAGGAAGGAGUUGCUGGAUUCUAUGUUGGACUCAUACCGCAUGUGCUGGGAGAGGUCCUCUUCCUGUGGUGUUGUAACCUCCUGGCUCACUUUAUCAACACCUAUGCUGUAGAUGAAAAUUUUGGUCAGGCCUCAGCUGUAAGAAGCUAUACGAAGUUUGUCAUGGGUAUUGCAGUGAGCGUUCUCACGUAUCCUUUCAUGCUGGUGGCUGAUCUUAUGGCAGUCAACAACUGUGGUCUGGCUGCAGGUCUCCCUCCUUACUUCCCCAUCUUUAAGUCCUGGCUGCACUGCUGGAAUCAUCUGAGCCACAAGGGCCACCUCUUCAGAGGAUCCAGCUUCUUUUUCCGACGGGUGCCUGUGACCUUACCACCUUACAUUGAGGACUGACAUCUUAAUCAUCAUCACCUUCUCGGAGUUCUUCCUCCUCCUGUUCAUUAAAUUUUCCAAAGACAUCAACCUUUUCCUUCCCCGUGAGCCUGUCAUCCUCUGCUGCUGUCCUUCAGACAUCCAGACAUUGCAGGAGCACAGCACAUGGAGUGCCAAAGGAGCAUCGGUUCACUUCAGUUUGCCGAGGAUGGAUCUGGUUCUUUUCAGAAUUCAGGGAUCAUUUCGUCUGUUCGAAUCAGUGCAGAAACUACAGAAAACUGUAUUUUGUUCUUGUUUGACCAACAAUUCUGAUUCCAUGGUUUCAUCCCCACAGCAGCAGCUUUAGUAUGUCACUGCAGUACAACAGACAAAUCUAAUGGCCAUGACAUAUAUUCACAUCAACUUCUUGUCCAAUUUCUUCUUUUUUCUUGUGAAUUCUGCUUACUAUUGUUGGCAAUUAUAAAUACAAGUCAGUAGUUUCAGUCUUAACAUAUCAGUUCUUAUUCUUAACAUUAUUUGAUUCAAUUCCAUUUUAUUUGUAUCAUGCCAAGUCACAACUGACAUCAUUUCAGGGCUCUUUGCUAUAUUCCAGAAGAAAACCAACAUACAGGGUGGAGAAGCAAAAAUGUCCUACUGACAAAUUUGAAUGUCCUGCCUAAACAGUGAGGGUAAUCAAAACAAUAAUUAAAAUCAAAGUUCCUUACCUUUAACCAAUCUUUUCAGUAUUUGUCAGACCUUGGUGCAUUGUGAAGUGAGCAAGCAACAAGCAAAAUGCAAUAGGGUUUGUGAUCUCCUGGAUGCCCAAAUCCCUCAGAAGGACAUUGCCAAGAUUGUUGGCAUCAGUGAGAGGACCAUUUGCUGCAUCCAGCAUGCCAGACAAUCCAGUUUGGGCACCAAGAGAUCUCCAGAUAGUCCUGGGAGUCUUGGGCUCAGAUGGCAAUAAGAUGCCCCCCUACUUCUUCAAGCCAGAUCAGAAAAUUGGGGCUGAUAUGUACAACAAAGUUCUGAGAUACACCGUUUUGCCCUGGCUGAAGGCCACCUACCCUGACAACAACUAUGUGUGGCAGCAAGAUGGGGCUCCUGCUCACACAUCAGUCAAGGUCCAAAAGUUCUGUGAGUAGAAUAUGGCAAACUUCUGGCCCAAAGGCAUUUGGCCUCUGAGCUCACCUGAUCUAAACCCCCUAGAUUUUUUUCUGAUGGGGCGCCAUUGAGUUGAGGACUAAUGCCACUCCUCAUGCCAAUAUGGAUUUACUUAAGGCUGCAUUCAGGGAAUGGGAGGCCUACCCCAAGGAGGAUAUCAGGAGGGCCUGUGCCUCUUUCAGAGGCUGUAUCGAGGCCUUCAUCAUGGCUGAUGGAGGACAUAUUGAAUAAACAUGAUCUGAAAGCUUUAAAUAUGUGUUCUUCAAAAAAAUCAGUUCAAAAUUCCAAAGAAUAAAAAAGUUAUACGCAUUUAUAGUUGUUUCUACCUGACAGGACAUUUUUGCUUCCCCACCCUGUAUCCAGUGAUUUCCUUUGAACAGUACAUAUUGUCAGAAAAAGAACUUCAAAAACUAAACCAGGCCAUUUUACAAUGUUUGUCUUGGAUGGUAUCAAAUGUGUUUAAAAAUCAUGUUCAUUAAAUUUUAUUUGGAUUAAUCAGCUUGUUCCACUUACAUAUUCGACAGGUUCACAUUAUAAUUAGAUAAAUCCUCACUGUAGAAACUUUGUAAGGAUACGAUCAUGAAAGUCUUCCAACUCUGUCACUGCGUCUCGGUCCAUGUAAGAUUAUGGGACUACAGAUAUGUGAUCAAAUGCAGAGGUAGGGCGAUCACAGUCAGCAUAUAUGAACCAAUAAAAUGCAACACACUAAAAUUAAAAGAUAAUGACGGUUGGAGCAUGUCCCUGUUCCUGAAAUGCUUCAUCACUUUUUACAAAAGUUCCACACUCUUACCAUCAACUUUGAAAUACUGACUUCAGUGGCACUGCAACAGUAAACACACAGCAAACACUGAAAUUAACAAAACAUAAGAUAUUUAAUUUCAUUGCCAUACCUAACCCUUCUCUAUGUCUCAUAUAACCAGUAAUUCCCUCAUCACUCACUCCAGUGAGUUUUCUUUUGUGAGUAUCCUUACUAUUACAUCUUUAAAAUACUAAUCAUUAAAAUGAAGCCACUUCAGUGUUGAAUCUAUUUGUCUUUGUGUAUUUGUACCUAUGAAAUGCAUGGAAAAUCUCAUGGGUACAAGUUACAAUCUUAUGUAUGUUAUGAACUGCUGAACAUGAUAGUUAAGACUGUAGAUGUACACAAUAUUUGGGAGUUUUCUCCUACGCCAGAAGAGCGGUUUGAAGUCAAACGCACAUGCGUUGUUGGAUGAUGUCUGUUACCUCUGAACCGAAUGGCCACUCCUGAGACUGAUCAAUAAAGAAUGAUGGUCAUAUUGUGACUCCA